UCAAUGGGGGUCUUCCGCAAUCUGGGGAGAGAUCAGCUGUUCCGGCGAGAGGCGAUGCAUUGCAUGCUCUUGUGGAUUGCGAUCCGGGUCCCAGUUCUCGUUCAGCUCCACUCCACAUUGGUUGUUCCCGCCGCAAUGGCAAUCUGGUGGCUGACCUUACUUGGCCUUUGUCUCAAUCUGAAUCUCGGAUCGGCAUUGCAGGUUCCGCAGCACAACUGCGAGACGUACUUCUCCUACUACAGGGAGAGUACUGGAGCCUACAUAGGCGUUUUCACAGCCCCCCGCGCAGGUGUCAAUAGCCUGUCAUGGGAGGUGGUCUUCAAUGCUCACCAAACGGGACAGGCAGAAACGGUUAGCUCUCUGCUGCCGUAUCCCUCCAAGGACAGCGCCUUCGAGAAGAUACACAAUGGCGAACGUGGCCAGGUGUUUGUGCGCUUCCAGAACUUCGGGGACGAGCUGCCCAGGCUCAUCCGGGCGGAAUUCAAUGAUGAGCUUCUGUGCCGGAACGAUGAAUACGAUCCCCCUUCGAGCACUAUGACCCGUCGGCAGUCCAUGUCCACCUCAACACCCAUUAGUCAGAGCGCAGCGCCAAAGGAGCCGGCAGUGUCUCAGUGGCGUUUUUCCCAGAAUUGGGCCCAUAGCGAACCUAGUUCUAACCCGUUCCUGAAUCGAACUACGCCGAAGAUUCAGUCCGAUUUUGAGGAGUGCGGCAUGGAGGGUUUUGCGCCCCUGCAAAUCGGAGGCGAUCUGGUGACCCGGGGUCAGUAUCCCUGGCUGGCGGCCCUCUACGAAGGUGGCUCCACGGCUUCCUACAAGUGCGUGGUCUCGGUGAUCUCCAAGAGGACUGUGAUCACGGCGGCCCACUGCAUUUACGGCAAGGAGGCCAAUCAACUGUGGGUCUACCUGGGCAGGCAUGACCGCUUCGAGAAUCCGGAGAGCGGAGCAUCUUUGGUUAGUGUGUCCAGGGUGAUAACCCCCUCCGCCUACGAGGGCAGUCCCGUUCCGGAUGCGGAUGUGGGCCUUCUGGUGCUGACUGCUCCGAUGGCGUACACCAAGUACAUCCAGCCGCUCUGUCUGUGGAGCUCCAACAUGGGCUUACCCCCUAAUGAGGGCGAUUCUGGAGCUGUGGCCGGAUGGGGCUACGAUAAGAGUGCCCAGAAGACGCGAUUCCCCAAGACGGUGAGUGUACGCCUGGUGCCGAGGGAUCAGUGCCUCAAGGAGAUGAAACGGGCGGAGGACUUCAUCACCCGACGAACAGUCUGUGCUGGCAAUUCUGAGUCCCACGGCCCCUGCUUCGGAGACUCGGGAUCUGCACUGAUAGUCCUGCGCAACAACCGAUGGUACAUUCGGGGCGUCGUCUCCCUGUCGCCUCGCCAGGGAGAUAUAUGCGACCUUAGCAAGUACGUCAUUUACUGCGAUGUGGCCAAGCACAUCGAUUGGGUUCGCCAGAAUAUGGUGACAUGAUGUGAGGAGAUCGAUUCAGUGUUCAAUAAUUAUUAAAGUUCUAAGCUAAAGUGGAAAGAAUGUGUGUGCAAAUUGACAAAUUUAACAAUCAAUCAAUAAAACUAACGCCAUAACCGGGA